AUCAUUGGUUGAUUACGCACACAUUGGCGCCGGCUCGCUCCGUUGUCAAACGUGUCUGACGUUUUAUUGUAAAUAAUGCUGUAAUUUACGUGAUAUUUAAGUGUGUGAUAGUGUAAAUUAACAAAUAUUCAAGAUGAACGUAAAAGCGGCUUUGGCCAUUACGAUGGUCUUCGUUGGAUGUUGUUCCAACGUAGUGUUCCUAGAAAUGGUUGUAAAAGAAGACCCGGGCGCGGGAAACUUAGCUACAUUCCUACAAUUCUUAUUUAUCGCAUCAAUUGGGUUUAUAACUGUUGGUAAAUUUGGCACAGCUAAAAGAAACAUUCCCUUUAAACAGUAUUUACUGUUAGUCGGGUUCUUUUGGACGAGUAGCGUUGCCAACAACUAUGCCUUCGACUUCAAUAUACCCAUGCCUUUACAUAUGAUCUUUAGAGCUGGUUCUUUGAUGGCGAAUAUGGCUAUGGGCGUGUGGAUACUGAAGAAGAGAUACCCACCAUUGAAAUAUGUAGCUGUUUUCAUGAUAUCAGCUGGUAUUGCGUUAUGUACUAUAGUGUCAAGUGGGGACGUCAAGGCUCCCAGAGAAACAGCCGAGGAUGCGGCCGAGGAGGAGAGACUGAAGUUCAUUGACUGGCUGUGGUGGUGUCUGGGCAUCGCUAUAUUAACCUUCGCGUUAUUCGUAUCAGCAAGAAUGGGUAUCUUCCAAGAAUCCCUGUACUCCAAGUUCGGGAAGCAUCCUUGGGAGGCUCUCUACUACACACACUUACUCCCUCUAAUAUUCUGGUUGCCAACCGCUCCGAACCUAAUUGGGCACGUCAAGAUCGCGACGGAGACCCCUCUUGUCGACUUCCUUGGAUUCACGAUGCCCAGACAAGUGCUAUGGCUGAUCCUAUACGUUUUGACUCAAGGAUUAUGCAUCAGUGCCGUGUACGUACUAACAACGGAGUGUGCGUCUCUAAUUGUCACUUUGACUGUCACGCUGCGCAAGUUUGUGUCUCUUCUGUUCUCAAUCGUGUACUUCAGGAACCCGUUCACAGUUGGCCACUGGAUCGGCACUCUCCUCGUGUUUAUUGGCACGUUGAUUUUCACCGAAAUUCUACAGAAGACUAUUGCCAUCUUCUUGCCCGCGAAAGAGAUUAAGAAGAAGCAAUAGGUGCGUCAAACGCUUUAAGUGAUUGAACAAAGUGAUUAACUAAUGACUGAGGAUUGACUUCAAAGUUUUAAGUAAUACAUUUUUUAUAUUUAUAUAACGCUUGCUGAUUUUUCACAUAUUUAUAACACAAGUUGUUUCAUGUAUCGUGACAUUUAAACCUAUUGUAAGUCAUUUCAUAGUGUUUUUGUGCGUUAAGUGACGUUGAAUGUAGCGUUCUUUAAUGUUGGUUUUGUCGUCUUUUCACAAAUUACUUUAGUAUUAUUUUCCAGUUUUAUUUCAACACAUUUUGAUGACAUGAAUAUAUUCAUUGACGUAGACGGUGUUAUCUAGAUCAUUAACGUGUGUGGUGUGAAAAAAAUGUAAUCGUGCCUACAAUCUCUAGAACACAAAUUUUAUUGGCUUUUGCGUUGAUUAUAUUUCAAUUCUGACGAUCUGCUGCCAGCGAUGACAUAACAUAAAGUGGUUGAAAUUUAUUUAUAAAUAAAUAAAAUCAGUACAAAAGUUAAAUAGUUCUGUGAAUAUUUUGUGAUACACUUAGUAAUUUACUCGCCGCUUAAUUGUGCAUUAUCUAAAUAACACAUUUACAUUUAUCACUAGUCAAAAUAGUCAACAGUACAAUAUUAUGUUCUAAUUGUAGUAACACAAUAUUUAACAUUACAUCCAUGUAUUUCUACGCAUAAAAAGUUUCAAAUCAUAAACACAACAAAAUUAUUGAGCUGUAUAGGAGGCUAGCAAACAAACGCUGGUUUAGAUUGAGGCAUGCUUAAAUGUACUAAAAACUUUAUUUAAAAUUUUCAUUUCUCUACAAUCAUUAUUAUUUUGACAUCUUAUUAGGUAACCUGGCAAACGUUUUUUUGCCAUAUAAAUAUUUGAAUGAAAUUUCAUCUUCUGAUUAAAAAUGAUCGUUAGUACAAACAAAAAUUAUCAAAAAAUGUUUUUUUAAAAUUGAUAUUAUACCAUUUCAUGAAAAUCGGUCAAGCCGUUUCGGAGGAGCAUGGUCAAAAUGUAACUAACAUCGUGACACGAGACUUAUAUGUAAGAUUAGACCACGAGCUGGUUUUUUAUCGGUUUCAAUAUAUUAGCAACAAGAGUUUCAACCAGUCAUGAUUGUCCUUAGCAUAGAAUCUUGAGUGCAAGUCAUUGAAUGAUAAAAUUGUUACGUUCAAUCUUGCUAUGUCAUCUUCCGUUGUAUAUUUUGUAAUAUUGUACGUACUUGGUACAUCAGAGAUAUAAUAAUAUUCGUGAUAGAUAAUUAUAUAUAACUAGUUCUUGUUUAUGUCAUACUUAUAAAUAAGUGUUGCGGCUUAGUUUUCGUCAAAGAUUGCGAUCGAGUUUGUACAAAUAAAUACAGGCUGUCUUUGCAAUAUUCAGCCUUCUGUUGUAAAAAGGUUUUUACCUAUAAUGCAUUCUAUUUUAUUUAUUUAACCUAUGCUUAUUGUAAAAAAAACUUCUUAAAACACUUUUCCUUGUUCUUUUGAUCUUUAAAACCAUGUUUUUUCAUACUAUUAUUUCCGAUUAUACUAAAAUCGAAAGUCUAAAGGUUACUUAGAUAGAUAUAAAAACAAGACUAACACACAAAUAAACAAACAGUAGGUAAACUGUUCAGUUCUACAAGGCCACUUAGCGACUGGCUGAGAACUCAAAUAAUAUCGUUUUUAAAAACCAUUUACUAAAAACAGUUAUUAAUGCAAAUGUUUUUUUUUUUACAAUCAAAGGUCAGUCAACUCUUCUGGUUUACGUUUGUGCAUUUCCAAUAAUAACCAGUUUUAUUGUUACAUUCUACAUUUAAAUUCUCGAAAGAGGUUAUUUAAUACCGGUUAUGUUAACACUAGUAGUUUGAAAUUUGACUGCACGGAUAGCCGAGUGGUUGAGGUCAUCAAGCCCAAUAUAUUGUGCGCGUCGUGUCGCGAGUUCGGUCCUCGCGUAGGACAAGCAUUUUUGUGCUCCACGAAUGCUUGUUCUGAGUGUCUUUGUGCACGUGAUUUGUGUGUUUCUGAAACUCCCGUGACUCAAAGAUUAAUGCCCUUACUCAGUGAUUCGUAUUUUUUUUAAUGCUUGAAUAAUGUUAACUGAUUUUACUUGACUUAUCACCAAUGACAUCUAUAAUGUAUUUUCAUGUGACAUUACUGACAACCAAUGUUUUUAAAUAUGCACACGUUGUUGAAAAUAUCUUGAAAAACCAUUUUUAUAUUUAUGACUUGCACUUCAUAAUAAUAAUAUUGUUGUAAGUGCCAUAUAACAUUAGUUUUUUUUACAUUACAAGUAAUUUUACAGAAAUUGACGAAAGCACUAAAAUAGUAAAAUAAGAUGUCUGUUUCCAUGAGAAAUAUGCGUCGAGAAAUGUUUCCAUAAGAUGCUAUAGAAUUGCUUCAUGCAUAAAUCACUGUUGUAAUGUUAGGUUCAUGAAUUAACCGGUUCUAAAAACAGGAAAAUAUUCCGGAAAUCCGUGGUCUUUCAGACAAAAAAAAUAUAAGAAUAUAAUUGUAGUGUUGUAAAAAAAUGUUGACAUUUUAUUUUUUGUUAUUUUGUAUGUAUGCUUAUUAAUUAAUGUGACAUCCUUCGAAGAUACUUUAUUUAAUUUUAUAUCAUUAAAUGCUCAAAAGGCUUGUAAUAAUGGAUUGAAAAUCCCAAUUCAUUUAGUAUAACGGGUGAUGCUUGAGUAGAUCAUUUAAUAUAUGAUUAGAUAUAAGUUCUAAUUGUUGUAAAAUAAAUUAACAGUUUUGUAUGAGAA